GAUGUCUUCAAAUUUACCUGAUGGAACACUCAAAAAGAGAUCAGCUUUUGAAGAUCUCACCAAUGCUUCUCAUAUUCAACCAGCCCAGCUCAAGGAGGAGGCCAAUAAACAGUUUGCCAAGCGUGCUUCCAGGAAGAUAAGCAGGAGCACACCCACUCUUGGGUUGACCAAAGACAAUGAGUUGAACAUAAAAAGUUGGUUGAUUUUGCAAAAGAACACCACCAAAGAAGAAAAGUUCCAUCUUACGCAGCUAAAAGUCUUCCAGGAGAUCCACAACAUUGAAAAGGAAACCCUCUUCCAGGAAACUUUGGCUGUACAGGACAGGUCCAGUAUUGAGAAGAGAAAACUCUGGAAACUGGACUUACAAGAAAAGCUCACAAUUAGCCCUACACAAGAGCCCACUGUUGAUACAGAGACUCAUUUCAAGGAGUCCCUGGCCUUUCAGGAGGAACUUAGAAGUGAGAAGGAGAAACUCCUCAGAGGGUCCUUGGAUUUUCAGGAGAAGCCCCCAAUUGUAAAGGAAGUGUUCUUUAAGAAAACUCUGGCCUUGUCAGAGGAGACUGCUAUCAGUGAGGCAUUCUUUUUCAAGAACAUAUUAGCUUUGGAAGAGAAACCCACCAUUGGGGAGCAGUUUUCCUUCAAGGAUCAUGUACACUUACAAGAAAAUACUGCCAUCAAGGAAAACAUUUUUCUCACAGCACUCCGAACCUUACAGGGUGAGACAAACCCUCAUCUGUUCAGCACUGCCACUCAAUUUCUGAAAGGCAACACUGCUACAAUGUAUACUGCAGACACAUCCGAUGUAUGUGAAUCCAGUUGUAAUAAAUCUUCACCUCAGGAAAAGAUAGCACAGAAAGAGACACCCUUUUUGGUGAUUUCCAAGCAGAUGACCUCACCAGAGGAUAUUGACAAGGACCACAGUGAUCCAUUAUUCAACUCAAUAUAUGCCAAAGAUAUCUUCAGUUACAUGAAGGAGAGAGAGGAGAAAUUCAUAAUUAAAAAAUAUAUGAACAGACAAACUGACAUCAACAGUGACAUGAGGGCCAUUCUUGUGGACUGGUUGGUAGAGGUACAGAUGACCUUUGAGAUGAGUCAUGAGACACUGUAUUUGGCUGUGAAGCUGGUCGAUCAUUACUUAAUGGAGGUUGUAUGCAAGAGAGACAAGCUACAACUCCUUGGUUCUACUGCCUUUCUAAUUGCAGCAAAAUUUGAGGAGACCUGCCCACCUUGUGUGGAUGACCUCCUGUAUAUCUGUGAUGAUGUUUAUCAGCGAGAUGAGGUACUUGCCAUGGAAACUAGCAUACUGAAAACCCUCCAUUUUGACAUCAACAUCCCUACUGCCUAUCAUUUUCUGCGCAGAUAUGCUAGGUGUCUCCAUGCCAGCAUGAAGACCCUGACUCUGUCCCGCUUCAUCUGUGAGAUGACCCUGCAAGAAUACGACUGUAUCCAGGAGAGGGCUUCCAAGUUAGCUGCUAGUUCCUUCCUCCUGGCCCUCUACAUGAAAAAGCUUGAGCACUGGGCUCCUACCCUGGAAUAUUAUAGUGGCUACAAGAUCUCUGAUCUUUAUCCCUUGGUCAGGCAGUUGAACAACAUGCUGACUUUUCGAUCUUGUGACUCAAGAUUGAAAACUGUGUAUUCCAAGUAUUCUCACCGAAUCUUCUUUGAAGUCGCCAAAAUACCCACCUUGGGCAUGUUGAAUUUGGAAGAGAUCUUGAACUGAUUCUGAGAUGAGUCUAGCAGCCUAGCAGCAACCAUCAGAACCAGGCACACAUAUGUAUUCUGUACUUGAAUUUGUCUUUUGUUUGCUUUUUUACAUUUUUUUGUUUGUUUGUCUUUUCCAAAACUGAUAAUUUUAUAAAUGUUUUCUA